AUGGCUGCCACACACAAAGUCAAAAUCGCAGCCCGGUUGAGGCCCCGUCUCGAAGGCGAAAUCGUCGACGACCAGCUUAAAGUGAUACACCCUGGCGACGACUCGAAUGGGUCGUCUUCGAAUUCUAGUUCUUCGUCGUUUUCAGCCACCAGUUAUAUCGCUGUUACGAAUCCCAGGGAUACCUCUCAGAUCUUCAAGUUCCCGUUCUCGAGCUGUUAUGAUGAAAAUUCGACACAGGAAGAGAUAUUUAGGAACGACGUUGAGCCUCUCAUCGAUGUUGUUUACAGCGGCGUCACGGUGACGAUCUUCGCGUAUGGUGUAACCUCGUCCGGCAAAACCCACACAAUGCAAGGCACAAAGUCUCAACCAGGCGUCAUUCCCCGCGUCGUCAGAGCCAUGUUUGAGCGUAAAGACACGUUCCCGCAGUAUCGCACUUCGCUUUCGGUGUCGUAUAUGGAGAUUUAUAAGGAUGAAGUCUAUGACUUGCUGGUUACCCGCGAGAACGCCCCUAAACUCCCAGUCAGAGAGAACGACGCAGGAAUGGUCUUCGUCGCCAACCUCUCCAGCGUGCCAAUCGAAUCCGCAGAAGAAUUCGAACAGAUUUACAACCAAGCAACGCGCAACCGCUCAGUCGGCUCGACAAACCUCAACAGAGCAUCCUCCCGCUCACACGCAGUGCUAACUGUGGAAGCCACCAUGAUCCACGACGACUCCAACACCACUCUGACUGGUAAAAUUAACCUCGUCGAUCUUGCCGGGUCGGAGAACAACAAGCAAACUGGAAACGACGCAACGCGUAUGGCGGAAUCGGCCGCUAUCAACAAGUCGCUAAGCGUACUCGGCCAAGUCGUGCAUGCUUUGAAUCAAGGAGCUCCCCGAAUUCCCUACCGCAAUUCACGCCUCACUCGAAUCCUACAAGAUGCACUUGGAGGCAAUUCUGUCGCAUUGCUUAUUUGCAACCUUGCCCCUGGUGUCAAGUUUAGGCAGGAUACGCUUAAUACUCUCAAUUUCGCAGUGCGGACAAAGAACAUCGAGAACAAACCAGUCGUCAACGAACGCGACAACCGACCCGCUCCCAAACCGCACUUCUCUGCACCAACCACGACACAGACCUCGUCCAAAGCCGCUUCUUCCAGCCUCCUCCAGGCCAUCGCCGGGCCGAGUACCGGUGGUGUCGUCCAGGCUUCCAACCCGACUGCUGGGGCGAUGCGAGGCCGGAUGUCGUUGGCACCUAAUCAUGGAUCGUCGAGGGUGCCCAGAGCGAGUUUGGGUGGAGUAGGGAACCAUUAUCAGAGUUUUGCGUUACCUGCGAAUGGAGGUGCUGGUGGGAGGAGGUUGACUUCUAUCCAUGAGAGGCAGGCGCCGCCUGCGCAGGCACCGGCACCUGGUUUGACUGCUGAGGAGAUUGAAGCCAAGAUUUCCAAAGCUGUCUCGGCGGCUGUUGAAGCAGAAGUUGCGCGUCGACUUGCUGAGAAGGAGAAGGAAUGGCAGGAGGAGCAGAAGAGGCUUGAAACUGUCAUCCAGGAGAAAUCUGAAGAGGCGGCUGCGGCUGCUGCUGCCGCCGCUGCUGAGAUGAAUCGCAUGAACGAGAUGAAUAGGCGACAGUCGGAGGAGCACCGUCGGUAUUCGCGGUCGAGGUCUAGGACGCCGGAGAGGAAGGAUGGGAGGGAUGUUACGCUUCCUAGUGGUGUCCUCACGCCUUUACUCAAGAAGCAUCGGGAUUUGGAUCAGGAGUUGAAGGAGAGGUUGUUGGAGUUGGAGAGAAAGUUCGAGAAGGGCAACAAGGAGACUCAGCUCGCUGAUGUCCUCUCCCCCGUCUCCAAGAAGAAGACGGGCCGUGCUUACGUCGCACUGGCUAGAGCUCAUUCCGAGAAGGGCGACCUCGAAGUAGCACUCGAUCUAUAUCGCAAAGCCGAAACCUACGUCCCAGACAAUAUCAAACUCAAAGAAAGGAUCAUCGAAAUUGAAUGGGCAGUCAAGAAUGGCAAGCCAUAUAUCCCGUCUCCCAAGCCUCCGCGCAAGCAGAAAUCCAAAAAGUCCUCUUCGUCAAGAUUGCGCAAAGAACACCGAGUGGAAAGUGAGAACGAGAACACUGCGCCCGUUGAAGAUGGCGGUUUGACCGCUGAUUCUGUAACGUCAAGCCGGGAAUCCAGUUCCUCGGGAUUCGAUGGUAGUGCGACGAUGAAGGCGCCGCUGCUCCUUGCGACCCUCCCCCCAGCCGAGUUUGGUACGGAGCUGACGAAUACGAAGAGGCCGUAUAUGGAGGAUGUGAAGACGCCUGUUAAGAGGCAGAGGAGGGGUGAUGUUGGGUAUGAGAUUGAGACGAUUGAAGAGGAGAGGGAGGUGGAGGUUUCGUUGGAGGUUGAGGCGUGAGGAUGGUGGGGAGGAGAGGGGGGGGGCGCCGGUCAUGGGGGGAGGUAGAUUGAAGUGUGAAGGAGAAGUGGUUGAUAUAGAUACCCCCCACCCCCCUGUUGAUGAAGCUCGUUUGGUGAAUUACGUGUUGUAUUUGUCCCGUGUUAGGGCUCUUCUAUGUUAUUUGAAUCGCUGUCUUGAUAUUUUAUCCUGUUCCAGAAGUCCUAUUCUACCGCUCGUUAUUCUGCAAGGUUUUCUUUUUUUGAUGUAAUGUUCUUGGUGGUAUAUGAUUUCAUCUUGUUCGAU